GGGGAGACUGAGAUGAGCUCUUAGGCAGAAGCUCUUCCCUGUGAGGGUGCUGAGGCGCUGGCACAGGGUGCCCAGAGAAGCUGUGGCUGCCCCAUCCCUGGCAGUGUUCAAGGCCAGGUUGGACACAGGGGCUUGGAGCAAGCUGAUCUAGUGGAAGGGGUCCCUGCCCGUGGCAGGGGUUGGAACUGGAGGAGCUUUAAGGUCUCUCCGAACCCAAACUGUUCCAUGCUUUUGUGACAUCCUCAAGUCCUCAGCGCUGCAGGGAGGCAGGAGCUGCCCCUCAGGAGCUGUGCACUAACGUCUCCUUUCUUCUUCAGGCCGCACGCUUGCUCCCUGCUACUCUGCUGACCUUCGGCCAGCAUCAGGGAGACUCGUCUCGGCCAUGGGCUGCACCGUGCAUCUGACGGUUCCACCGCUGCAGGGCGGCAGAGCUGUCAUCUGGGAAUACAAAACUGCCCAGCAGGAAGGAGCCAUCCUCAGUUAUGCUUUCGAUGGAGCCAGCACCACCUCUCAGCCUUACGAGAACCAUGUGAGGUUCAACAGAACAGACUUCUCGCUGCAGAUGGUGCUGCAGCGGGGGGAUGACCGGCUGUACCGCUUCAGGCCCGAGCUGGAGGCCACGGGCUGGUUCCAGCUGCACACUGUGGAACCACUUUCCAAGCCAGAAAUCGUGGGCAACUCAUCAGUGAAGGCAGGAGACAACACUAAACUGGUUUGCAAUGUCCUGGAAGGGAAGGCAGAUGCUUACUGGUGGAAGAAAAACGGAGUGUUGUUGCUGGGGAGCGACCAUAUCCAGCUUGAGAACACUACCCUGUGCAUCCUGAGAGCCUCGAUGAAUGACAGUGGCUACUACACUUGUGUAGUCCGCAACAAAGUCAGCCAAAAUGAAACCUCCUUCCUGCUCCACGUCCAGAAUGCAGCAAAUGUGGUGCUGCCCAUGAUGCUGGCGUGCGUUGUUGUGGGCUCGCUAGCGGGUGAGUGCUGGGCCUGGCUCUUGCCCUGGCAUUUUGGCCUCUGCAGUGGGUGCUGCGUGCGAGGAGGGAUGUGGGAUGAGGCUCUGUGCUGGCUGAGGUGGCAUGGUCAUACUGGGACCAGGAAGCCUGUCACUGCUGUCAUUGCAAGCAGGGCAUCCCCUAUCCAAGGAGGUUGUGGUGUUCUCUGCUCCCUUCCCUUGCAUCCCUGCUCUCAGGGAAGCUUGUCAGGAAAACGCCUGCUUAUACUUCCCUUUCCUUACCUGGCUCAGUCCCCCAAGGACCAACCUUCCCCCUGGGUGCUGGGUGACGUCACACAGCCCUCUACGGUGAGAGCACCGAGCCCUCCUGCGGUCGGUGUUGGUUUCCUGCCCACAGAAGGGCAGCUGCUUCCUCUUUGCUUGUUUUGCUUUUCCUCCUUUUUUUCAGAGCUGGAGAGCCAAGUUUUCCAGCCCAUCCCCAGGCCCUGGCAAAGUGAGGGUUUUAAUUCUCAGCUUGCCGACCUGGAGAGGAAAACAGAAAGAGGAAUAAAAGCCCAAGAUUGGGAUCUGUCAGUUCAAAACAGCAGUAGGAGUUCUCCUGGGUGACUUAGGCUUGUGUUUUGCUACUGCACAAAGUUGCCAGGU